AUGGCGUGUGGUUGUCACCAGCCUACUUCUGUGAGUCGCCAGGGACUUAGAUCUCUCUGGUACUUGCCUUCCGGAUGUGUCAUCACCGUAUCCAAGAGAUCUUCUCAGCAUCUGCCCGUGUGGUCUGUCAGAGACAUCCCUGCGCAGACCUGUGUUAAACCUCCUGCCUCAUACGCCGCUGUUCCUGCACAACAAAGUCUGCCUGAAGAUCCCCAACAGCUUCACCUGCCGUUUCACGCUAGGCAACCGAUUCUCCCUCAGACAAUACCUUUUGCUGAAUGUUUGAACUUACCUGCUCAGUCUCACACCCAAGCUCAAGCGUGGCCGCCUACCGUGCCUUCAGCCCAACAACCUGCAGUAACUGUGAUCUUCCCUGCCCAGUCUCAGGUUCAACAUCCAGCAUGCCUGCUGACUAUGUCUUUGGCUAAACAAGUUGAAGAGUUUUUGGGAGAACCUAACUUUGGGAUUUUCGACGGGUCUGCUAAAAACUUGCAACCAGAGCUUCAACAAGAACACAUGCCAGGUCAACAGUUGAGCACCGGCACCACAUUGGCACAGUUCUGUGACCCGUGCUGGCCACAACAAGACGCGGCAACGCUGACAGAGAUGGAUUUCCUUAUCUGA